GUACAAUGUGCAGUGUGUGUUUCACACAAUUGCACUAGUAUUAAAUACCACUCGCUAACUUGUCCAGUGUAAUAUGUUGUGAGACCUUUGUUAUGAGGGUGAUAUAAUAUAAGUUUAGUUUUGUAAUUAGAUACUACUUAAAAUAUUCGAAUUUUGUAUCUUCGUAUUGAAUAUCAACACUAAAACCAUGUUGGACCAAUUCCUUUGUUGGCCAGAAUUUGAGACCAGAAAAAUAAGUCAUCAUGGUCAGGUGUAUGACGGCAAGGUUGAGAGUUUUCUUUGUUCCAAUCCGAUUCAGGCGGAAGCUUAUGCCAUCCUUAAUGCAGUGGUUCUGGCAGCUCAGGAACCUUGCCCCGCAUCCAUCAAAUCUGAUUGUCAGGUUUUGGUUAAUGCUUUGAGGCAAGAUCCGGACUCUUGGCCAUGGCAAUGCCGGGCUAUUUUAGUUCGUGUUACUCCCAUCCUCCUCUCAACUCCCUGCAUGACGGUUGAGUUUGUCCCUCGAUGCCUCAACGCGUUAGCCGAUUGGGUGGUGCGUAAUGCUCGUUUGAAUCUUCUCCCAAGAGAAUGAGUUGUAAUUGCUGAUCUUUUAACUAUUCUACUGUAAUCUUUUGAUGUUUCCCAUGAUUUGGUUUGGAAUAAAGGUGUCACUAUUUGUAAAAAAAAAAAAAAAACAAACCACCCACACUCUUAUUGGAGGUACUUCUCCUAAUAACACUAACACCAACUUGGAUCCAUCCAAUUGUCAAAAAAAAAAAAAAACUUGGAUCCAUCCAUAUAUAUAUAUAUAAAAUCAUAAACCCAGUACUCAACCAUACGUAAUAAUUUCAUUAUUUGUAUGUCGAUGAUUUGCCCAUGCUUGUUGACAAGUUAUCCUCCCCGUAUGCAUAGAAGUAUAAACACAACUAUAUAAUUAUUAAUUACUUGAUCAACAUUAAUUAAUGUUGACGUUAUCCAUAAAACCACUGGAUCCGCCAUAAUUAUUUAGUUUACGUAUUGCUUUCAAGUUUCAAUGGUAACAGUAGGUCAAGUUUUCAUGAAUGUCAACCGACAGACGUAUGAAGCAGGUGAAUAUUCGUUCUCCAAUAUCCAUCAGAAAACAGUAAUAUAUAGCUCGAUUUAAUUAUAGUAUGUGCAAUAAUUCGUUAUAUUUUGUAAUUAUUUGUUAAAAUUGUAUAUAAUUAUUGCUAACAAUUUAGAAAAUAUUGGUGUAGAAUGGCGUAUUAGAUUUAGUGUGUAAAAUUUUAAGGAAAAUGUAAAACAAGUUUCAAAGUAGGAUGACAAAAAAUGACCCAAAUAAAUCCCAAUAGUCCUGUUGAUCACACCAAUUGAAGCAAAUUACCCAUCCACUCAUCGACAUCCCUAACUCAAUAGCUCACAAAGUUGUUGAGCUAUCGAAAAAUAUUGAUAUAAAAGAUUCAGUUUGUAGAUGAUCUCGAUCCCCCUUUGAUAUUGACUGCAUAGCUUCAUCUAACUAUGCUUAGGAGACAACUAAGUGUCGCAUUAUUCCAUCGACGUGUUCCUAAUAUCUAAUUCGUUGCGCGGAACCCUUAGUCCACUUGAUCACUACAAUUGAAUCAAAUUACUCAAUAAAUCGACUCAUCGACAUCCCUAACUCAAGCUAGCUAGGGUUAGCGCACCCACUUGUACCACAAGUCCACAAUUAAUGGCUUCAAAAUCCCAUUGACUCGAUCGCAAAAUGAAGCAAUAUAUAUACUUUCUUUUUUAUCUUUCAAUUAGGGUGACGAUCCAAAAAUGAAGGCUAUUGUUAUAUAUUAUUGUGUAUCUAUCUAUCUAUAAUAUGGAGAAGAUAAUAAUUGGAAGAUCCAUUAUAUUCCUGGCGCAAAAAGUCUAUAUAUAGUAAAUUAAGCAACAUGAUUGAGGUUGUACACUCGGAAUCCAUUCAUGGAUAGAGUCAGCUUGUUGAUGGUCAACCUAACCUAACCGAUGGAGAAUAUUACAUUCACAUAUAUGUUGGCCAGAAACUUACACGAAUGAGAAUAUUACGUGUCUCUCGAUAGUAACAGCAUAAAUAGUUAGUUAGUUAAUUUGCGAAAGUACGUACGUACUACUCUUUAAUUAUGCGUGGUGAUGGAGUUUAAUUGGGUACGUCGUCGUCAUCAUCGCAGUAAUUUUCUAACUAACCACUAAAGGAGAUAAUGAGGCCAACUCACGACUUUCCUCGCACAUCGCUCUCACUACAUUUUUUUUGUUUUUUACCGUGUGUAUUUAGAUCAACACCUUAAACAAUUCUGAAUAAUUUGUAUUUCAUCAUUAUAAAAUAUUGAAAUUAAC